AUGCUAUCCUACUACGCAAUAGACCGAUUGCCACCGGCCCACUACAGGCACGCCUUGCCCUGGCCUGCCGACAAGCCGGAUCCUGACCGGCGAGCAGGCGAGCAGUCCAAACCCGUCACGCCAUGCAAUUUUUUCGGACCUUUUCGCGCGCUACGCCACGAGCUCCUCACCAAAGGCAGGGAACCACAGGAUCAUCUACGGAGUAAGCAAGAACCUGGAAGUCCUGGAUUGAGGGACCGCUCGCCGUCUGUAGGAUCGUCAGUCCUUUCAUUUUCGCCGGCCCUCGAUAUUUGA